CUAUAAAAGUUAAAGAACGUUAAACAUCUACUUUCAUUCUGCUUAAAAAUCUUAAAAAGUUCCUAUUGUCGUAUUUGCGGUUAUGUUUGUCAAGGGUUUAAUUUAUUUUAAUAUACAUAUUUUUAAAGUAUAAAUGGUGCCGAAUCUUCAAAAAUUUUAUAAAUGAUUUGGGAAAACACAACGCUAUUUUUAUAUAUCUACCACGUCACUCAACUAAACGGGAAAAUAUACUUUAACGGUAAAAUAUGUGUUCAUCAGAACUUUUAAUUUUAUAAUCUGAACAAAACAUGUCAGAUAAAAAAGUGGAUACAGAAAUUGUGCGAAAGCAAUAUACAGAUGAUGCAAGUUUUAUUGAUGAAUCUGAAAUUAUUGAUGUGUCUGUUUUUGAUUUUGAUGAUAUUGGUAGCUGGUUGUAUAUACCAACAGAAUAUAAAGGAAAACCCAUUGUUCAUGAUUUAUACACUUGGUUAAAGACUGAGCCAGAGUUAACUUUUUCAGCUAAUAAAAAAUCUAUUGAUACAAGAACAUUUACAAGAUCUAAGAAACGAUCUUGUAAAGCUAGUUUUGAAUCUAUUUUGGAACCUUUAUCUUCACCUGUAUCAAAUACAUGGAGAACUUCAAAUUUUUCAAAUAUAGAAGAAGAUUUAAGUAAAUAUUCAGAUAUGUCUACUGCCAACAAAGAAGAAAUUGUGCCUCCUAUGUUAAAAAUGCCAUCUAAUACAAAUAUUAAUCUUUUUGCUGAUGAGCCUAUAACAUCAGGUCAAGAAAGUAUGGAAGUAUUCUUAAAUAUGUCUCAUUUAAAAGGAAUUGAUUCAUUUAUUAAUUUAAUGGAAACUGGUCUUAGUGAUCCAUUAAUGAAUGUUUCACAACCUUCCAUUUUUUAUUCAUCUAUCACUUCAUUACCUAGAGAUGAUUCAUUAUGUAAUACAGAAUGUGAUAAAGAUGAAAAAGCUUCAAAUGUCCAUUUAUAUAAUCAAGAAAUUAAAAAGUGUGAGAGAAAUUCAGACAUAAAUGAAACUUUUUUGAAAAAUAAAGAAUCUGACAAUAAUAAAAGCUACUGCCUGAACAUAGGGAAUAAAACAUUUAUAAAUGAAUUUGAGACUGAAAAAGAAUUAAAUGAAACCUAUAGUGCUAAUACAACUCCUGCAAUGGUUGUAAUAUCAAAUUCAGAUAAAAAUAAAUCUAAUAUAACUAAUUUGUCUUCCAUAAACGUAAAUAAAAUUGAUAAUAAUAUAAAAAUGUUAGAAUCAGAAAAUAAUGAGGAAAAAGAAUCAUAUAAUUUAAAUACAACAUAUCCUUCUGCUUCUCAAAAAGCAGAAGAUUUAUUUAUUUUAGAUACUACAUAUUGUACAACUAAUACUGAAAAAGCAAUAAAUAAUAUAACUUCAAAUGAUAAAAAUGAUAUGCACUAUAAUAAAGAUCAAAUGUAUGCAUUGGAAAGAACUAUAGUUCAUGAUUCAUCAAAAAAUAUGGUAGAAUUUCCCAUACCUCCUACAAAUUCCUCUUUUUCAUUAAUUCAUGAUGAUGCCUUAAAUUCUAUGUUCAAAUUGCCUAUUCCUCUUUGUAAUCAAUCAACUCCUAAAAAUACAACUAUGUUAAAUUCUACAUAUCGAAUGAAUAAAAAACAUUUAGCAUCAUUUCAAAUGCAUAAUACGGUAUUAAAUUCGACGUUCAAAGCACCAACAUUAUUGAGGAAAGAGUUAUUAGCAGAAAUAUACAAAACCAGAGAUCAUAAACUAGAUUGUACAUUUAAUCAUGUAGUUAAAGAACAUCAAAGUGAAAAGCCUAAGAAGGAAAUUGAUGAAGUCCCAAAUCAGAAUGUUAAAAAUGAUAUUCCUGUAGAGAAUAAAUAUAAUACGUAUAAAAAGGAAUCAUCUAUUAGUAAAAUAAAAUCUUGUGCUGAAAUAGUAGAUGAAACAAAUGUUUGUAUUAAAAAUUCAACAGACAAAAAGUACUAUACAUUUACUAAAAAAGGUAAUAAUCAUGGUGGUAAAACUGAUAUGGAAAAUGCAGAAUCAUUUGAUAAUGUGGAUAGUACAUUUAUAAAACCAUUUUCGAAACUACAGAAGCGAAAGCAACAUAUUCCACGAGCACUUUCAAAAUUACCACAGUUUCUUCAAAAGUCUAAUCCUAAUCUUGUAUCUAAUUCAUUGAAAACUGUUAACAUGACAGGAUGUACAAAUGCAUCUAAUUUUGGUUAUAUGAAAGGUUCACAACCAAAUAUUGUAAGAGAUAUUGAAAAAAGUGUAGUAAAUAAAUUUUAUUCUUUUGGAAAAAUGAAAAGCGGUUCGGAACAACGACUUUUGGAAUUGAAUACAGGUAUAGAAGAACUUCAAAUUUUGGGUGGUGGAGGAUCUACAGAAAGUAUUGAAAGUACUCAGAGUGCUCAUAGUGCACCUGAUUUAGAUGAUAGACUCAGUACUUGUUCAGAUAGUAGUCACAAUUCAUAUAGGACACAGCCAAUGAAUAUUGAACAAUUACAUCAGAUAGUAAAGAUGCAAGAAGAAAGUUUGAAACAAGAUGUAACAUCUCAAUUGAAUAGACGAGUUGUAGAAAAUGCCUGGGUUGAUAUGAAAAAAAAUUUACCUUCUCCUAUAUUAAAAAAUAAUGUUAAUUGUGAUGGUGAUUCGCCAUUGAGUAUGGAUUUUAGUGUUAAAACAAGUUCUCCAAUAAUAAGUCCCACAAAAUCUAGUCAAUCAAAUAUUGGUGGUCAUUCUACAGAAACUGUAUUAAAACAAUCGAAUGAAGCGGAUAUGAUAAAGAAAGUUGAAGUUUUUAAUAAACCAAUUGUUGAAAACAAAACAAGACUGCGACCACCAAUGAAUUGGAAGACUGGGAAUAGAUCUUCAAAUCUUACAAGUGCUAUUCCCAGACCACCAUCGCGUAUACCAGGACCUAGAUUUGGCAGGUCAACCAUAAAAAAUAUCCCAGGUGAUAUAAAAAAAGGAGAUAUGUAAAAUUAUAAAGAAUAUUCAUAAUCAAAGUAUGCAUUUUUAAAUAAUAUUUUUAAUUUAAUUUAUAUUCAUAUUACAAUAUAUGAAUAUAUAUUAAAUUAAUAGUAUUUAAAAAUGCAUAUUCAUAUUGUAAUCAAUAUUAUAAUAUGUAUAAAAGACGUUUUAAGUUAUGAUCUUAAAGGGAGGAUUUCCAAAUAUAAUAAAAU